AUGGCUAUAGCUCAGACUUCAAGCUCGCGACGACGCGACCUGGCAUCUAAUCGUCGCAAUGUCGCUGGGUCCCGGACUCGGAGACUUGCGAGGCCCAACUAUGCCGAGGUGUCGACAGAUUCAGAUGAGUCCUUUGGUGCGACGUCAAGAUCCUCUUCCCCAGCUGGCUUGGAACAGCAGUCCACAGAAGACGAGCUGGAAACGAAACCAUCGCAAACGCCGUCUUUCGGAGCAGCAAGACGAAGCAAUCCGAAAAGGAUGACGGGGAAAAGAGCUAGAGCUUCGCUAGCGAAAGCUGGAGAUGAGCAUGCGUCGUCGCCACCUGGGCGGCCUGAACGCAUUGGUCAAAAACGAAGCCGAUGCAGCUCCCGUCGCCCAGGCAAGCGGCGCAAGUCGCCGUCUGGAACCGGCUUCGAUACCCCCUGCAACCCCAACACUGCGAUUCCCGACUGGAAAGAUCCUCGGAUUACCUUUGAGUGUUGGACGGAUAUUUUCCUGUACGCUGCCGGAGAAGGGUCGAGAGACAUGCUCUCCAACAGCUGGCUCAUACAAGCCGCUACCACCUGCAGAGCCUUCACCGAGCCUGCCUUGACAGCAAUCUAUCGAUGCCCAGUAAUCAAGACUACGGCCAAGGCAAAGCGCCUGGCUCUCCUGCUUGAGCGCCCUCCUUCGGAAACCUUGUACAAUUAUCGCGCCAAGGUUGAUGCCCUCCAAGUAAACGUCCACAUCGUGCCGCAGCAAAGCCUGUAUCCAAUCAUUCAUCCACUCACGCGUUUGAAAGAACUCAUCAUAUACACGCCUCUUGACCAGCCGCCUUAUCGGGAUCUGGACAAAACACUACGUUGGCACUACCCGGAAGACAUUUUCCGCGCUCUUGCCAGUUCCCACGGCGACGCUGCGCACGCUGCGCACGCAAGCAGCAAGCCCCUGCCAACAGUCUUGAAGAGCUGGGAAUGGAGCGGCAGGUUCGUCGGCGGUUUCGUGGCCGACAUUGGCGCCAUGGCGCGUCUUCAUCAGACGGCGCCAUUUGCCCACCUCACCAGGCUCAGCCUGACCAACUUUCAAGUGCCGUCCCUCAAAAUCUUGCGGAUAAAGUCUGAAGAGGAAGAACUUGAAUCGUACCACCAGGAUGGGGUCGUCAUUCAAUCUCUGGCGCAAGCCAUCUCACACCUAAGCGAGCUGAAACACCUCGUGUUUGAAUCCUCUACUGUAAUGAACGAUCGCCUGUUCCCUCUUCUGCCCAAAGGUCUCACCCACCUUGAACUCAUCAACUGCUGGGAAGUCAAGUCGGAUGACCUGGCGGCCUUCCUCCGGACGCACGGCAGUGAUUUGCGGGCCUUGACCCUCAUGCAUAACCAAUCCCUUGAUCUGGGAUUCUUGACUGACCUGGCGGACACGUGCCCCAACCUAAGGGAGCUUCAUAUGAAUCUAUCAUACUACCGCCACCAUGACUGUGUAAAUGACGCCGACCCGAUGUAUGAACAGGCUCUGCUCCCGAGCCAGACGCCAGAUUGGCCCUCUAGUCUCCGAGUGCUGGAUAUUGAGCACAUACGGGACUGGUCAGUAGAAACCGCCGAGAUGUUUCUCCAAUCCAUCAUUGACAGCGCGCCAAACCUGCCCAAUCUGCGACAUGUUGCGAUUAAAACCAUGCUCGACAUUCCUUGGCAAGCACGUGCAACCAUGCGGCAUAAGUGGCGUACCAGGAUGGAAAGGGUCUUCCUACGACCCUUCGUGCCGCCGCAUCGCCUCGCGGCCACGAGAGCACCGCCGAAUGAUGAGCCUACGCCGCCGUCCGGAAAUGACCCUGACGAAUCAGCAACGGCGUCGUCUCGACGGGGCGGCAGAAUCGCCUCCUCCAACAGCCAAGUCCAUGCGUCCCACGGCCAGCCUGGCAGAUCCACCCGCCCCCGACGAGGCACGAAGCUCUCGUACAAGGAACCCGAUACCGAUGAAGACGAGUUCGACCUGGAAGAAGAGGAAGAAGAGGAAGCAGACAAGUCCAGCCAAUCAAGCCUAGCGCACGCGAGGGAUGAUGAUGAUCACAACCCCUCCUUUAUCCAAGGCAAAUGCUCGACGGUGUACAUCUUGUUUGACAACCAAAAGGUGAGAGAAGUACAAUACAGCAUGGAGGAUUUUGGAUCCGAAGCAUCCGACUCGGAAGAGGAGUGGGAUGGCGACGAUCAAGACGACGACAUGGCUGUGGUCUUUUGA